GAGGACUCCACGUCACUCCUUGAGACAAGCCCCUGACUGACUGCUCUGCUGUGUGAGCCUGAACCAACUGUGGCCACCUGUCUGUCUCCAUCUUCGUUGUCCGUCUUUUGGUGUGUAUCGCCGGGUGGCCUUUGCUGGAGCCUAGGACCCACUAGGAAUAGCCGCGGGCACAGAAUUCUCCACAGGCAAAUUACUCCUGAGCACAUUGCCGGACAAUCCUAUAACGAACAGCUAAAUUCUCAGCAUCUGAUUCCUGAUCCUUUUCCGACAUGGCAGGUGUGAAUAACUGUCUAAAAUAUUCUAUGUUUGUCUUCAACUUCUUGUUCUGGCAGGUGGACGGUGGGAUGUCAGAAGAUAAAGGCCUGAGAAAAGGAUUAUUUUCAGAAACCCGCAGAAGAAACAAUGGGUCAUAAAGAACUUGAGAAGGAAACAAUAAAAGUAUUCAAUCGUGAAAAGGUGAAACUAAGCAACUCGCUAUGUGGCAUCUUGAUCCUGGCAUUGGCAAUAUGGCUACGAGUAAGCAAAUUUGAGCAAGAGUUUGUCAGUGAGGACGGUGGCAUGCAUCCUUAUGUUGCUGUGAAUAUCUUGAUUGCUGUGGGUUCUAUCAUCAUGAUUCUGGGUUUCCUGGGAUGCUGUGGUGCCAUGAAAGAGAGCCGCUGCAUGCUUCUGGUGUUUUUCAUUUGCUUGCUUUUGAUCCUGCUCCUGCAGGUGGCGGCAGGUAUCUUAGGAGUUACCUUCAGAUCUGAGUAUGAACAAGCCCUGAAUGAGACUCUCCAUAAAAAUGUAGAGCUUUUGAGGGGAACAGAUGAAAAAGCAAAGUCAUUCCAGAAAAACCUGAUUAGUUUUCAGAAAGAGUUCAAAUGUUGUGGUUUGGUCGAUGGAGCUUCUGACUGGGGACAGAAUUUUCAACCCAAUUCUGAGUCGUGUGAAUGUUCAGCUACAUCAGAUUCCCCAUGUAUAAUGUAUGAAGGAAAACAUGUUUACCAACAGAUACUUGGUCUGGUAUUUUCUAUGGUCCUGUUCUGCCAGAUUGGGAACAAGUGAAUCUGUGGAUAUGUCGAGCUUUCAUCAGUCAAGCUCCUUAAAAUGGUUGCUUUGCCUUUGUAACUUUAAAUAUAUGAGUGCUGUCUAUGUUAGGAGGAGCUGUCUUAUUAAAAUUUCUUUAUUUAGCUAGACUUUAGUUACCUCCCAGACAUAUUGAAUAUACUUAGGAUUUUAGUGAUGCUAGAAAAGUAAUAUAAAUGUGCAUUUUUACUCAAAAUAAAAGUGACAUUCUUUACAUUG